GACAUCCAAGCUUAGCAAGGAAGCUGUGAAUAGGCUGAUUGACACAUAACUUCUAUCAAAAUUAAAUCCUUUAAUAUUACAAGUUGACUCACAAAGAUACGAAAUUAUUCUGCUGGAUUAAUAUUUACCAUAUUUUGUAAUUAAAUAUUAUUUCGUAUGCAGAUAAUGUCCAAUAUAAUGGUAAUUGCGCUUUCUGUAAUAUUGUCUUUGACAGUUUUUUGUACGUAUGCAUCUUUGGAAAUUGAUUCAGUAAAGGUGGGUUCAAGUGAGACUGACGACUCUGAAAGCAACAAAUAUGUUUCGUUUCAAAGAAAAGGUAAAUUUCAGCAUAAAGGACUUCACCAGAAAACAAAGUUACUCAAAGACGUCCCCAAAAAGGUCUCAAACGAAAGUGUUUUCGUUAUUGUUGAUUCUGUAUGUUUUCAAUAUGAUCUUACUAUCAACUGCUCAAAUUUGCAGUUGAAGGAAAUCAAUUCAUCAUGGUUUCCUAAUAGCACGGAGAUCAUUUUACUGAACGACAAUCUUCUCACUACUUUAUCUAAUUCAACAUUUUCAGUCUUGAUUCAUUUGACGUAUCUGGAUAUCUCGAACAAUAGGAUUUCAAAUAUUGGAAUCCUUGCCUUUGAAGGUUUAUCAAGUUUGAAAUAUUUAAACUUAAGCUACAAUGAAAUCUCCUUUGUUGGAGUCAGUGAAAAUAUUUUGAAACCAUUGAAAAAUUUGAAGUAUUUGGAUCUAAUACAAGAUGUUAACACACAAACAAGUGAUGCUCCAGGUUCAGUAUUGCAAACAUUGACAAAGUUAACAAAUCUAUCCAUCAGUUCUGUCAGUUAUAUUCUCUGUUUUGGACCUGAGUUUCUGAAUUUGACGAAUCUGGAAGUGUUGACGAUUACUGGGUCAACACGAAAUAUUACUGAGGCAUCAUUUGAGAAUGUUAACAAAUUGAAAGAAUUGGUUUUAAGAGACAUGAUGUCUAUUAACUUUAUGCAUCACAAAGUAUUUGUUCACUUUAAAUAUUUGACACGACUCGAAAUGACCAACAUAUUCAUUGACGUUCAGCAAGUCUUAGCUUUAUUAUGGCCAUUUAUGGGAAGACGAAUGUCCGAGAUUUACUUUGAUACACUUACUUCAACUCCCCUGUUGCCUGAUCCAAUCAAAAAUGGUUUUAUAACGAGAAAAGAUUGCAUGUACCUUACUGAAAUAUGUGUAACUAAAUUUUCAUUGAUAUAUUGUCGUAUUUAUUAGAUAACAAAUGACGCCUUUAUAAACAGAACUGUCUGGAACCACUGCCUACGCCACGUUGUUAUAUCUGAGAAUCCUCUCAUGGGGAGUUCCAUUUCCCUUUUUCCACUUGCUUUUCUUCAAAACCUGUCAACUGUGGUAGUUAAUAACGCCAUACCCGCAUGUCGUUGGGUCUGGCUACCUCCGAGUCUUCUCCUUAAUGACAAUUACGCUGAUGAAUAUCACUCUGUAAAGGAGUGGUUGUUUCAUGAGAACAUGAUGAAAAGAAAAGAGAAAACAUUUGAAAUGAAUCCACUAGUAGCUGGGGCAAAAAGUUCCGACGACGAGCUAUUGGUUUUCUUAAAUAAUACGUUAUAUAUAGAUGUGUCUAAAAAAUUAAAUAGUUGGAAUUCGAAGCGAUUGAUUCCUUAUUUACAGUUAGUUUGGAACACGACUUUACGAGGUGCUGAUAACUUUCAAUACUUAGAUAUAUCAGAAAGUGGUUUUCAAAAAUUUGUUGGUCAUUUUCAAGGUUUUUCAUCUUUAAAAACGUUAAUAGUUUCCGGAAAUGACGUAUCCAUUCUCUCCGAGUACUUUUUUGAUGGAUUUUUUGGCUUACAGAAAUUAGCUCUUUCUAAUUGUAAGCUUGAUAAAAAUUUUUUUGCCAUUAAAAGUGAUCGAGUAUUUCUUAAUACUACAAUACUAAAAGAGCUUGAUCUGUCUUAUAAUUUUCUAAAUGAUUUAAGUAGGAAAACCUUUUCACGAAACACAGAAUUAACGCAUUUAGAUUUAUCUGGUAAUCAAUUUAAAGACAUUCCAUUUAAUUUAGAAUUUACACCAAAUCUUAAAUAUUUAGAUAUGAGUAAUAAUGUAAUAACUACACUCACAUUUGAAGCCACAGGAGCUUUAGACUUUCAAAGCUUAAAGAACAAAGGAUUUCAGUUCAUGUUAAAUGGAAACAUUCUUUCUUGUGGUUGUCAUGAUUUAUCAUUUCUUCAAUGGUUGAAUUCAACUUUAGUUCGUUUAGACAACAAUAGAAACUACACCUGUAUGAACAAAGAUGGUGAAAGGACAAACACAUUGACGUUCUCUGAUCUAGAAUCUCUCUGGAGACAAUGUUGGGGCGAAUUAUUCUUCUACAUUGCGUUGAUUACAUUAUGUCUUUAUGUAACUGGCGCAGUCUUAAUAUUUCUGAUGUUAAAGAAUAAAAACUUUCUUGUUUCGUAUUUCUUACAAAUUCUCGGCAAUUUUAAGCUUCAUGCUAGAUCGGAUUAUAAGACAGAUGUUUAUAUUGGCUAUUCAGAUGAAGACUAUCGAUUUCCAUGCAACGACUUACGAGAACUAUUGGAAAACGAUUUCCAACUAAGCACUUUUAUAGCUGACAGAGAUCUUUUAGCUUCUUUGGACAAAGCCAGUGGUAUCAUGGAUGCGAUCAACUCUUGUUGGAGAGUUUUACUUGUCUGUAGUAAGAGCUUCUUAGAGGACGAGGACUGGUCAAUGUUUACCAUGAGGUCAGCCAUGUACGCACAAAGUCCAGCUAACCCUGCAAGAAUUGUGUUGAUGGUUCAUAGGAGUUGCCUCGCCCUGUUGCCCACUGAACUCUUAAGUGUCGUCAAUGAUGACAAUAUCAUUCUUGUCUCUGAGUGGAGAAUAAACUACAUUCUAAGUGAAAAGUUGAGAACACGUUUGAUGGCUUAGAGUCCUUUAGACAUACAGGUACAUGACACUAAUGCUCUGGCGCACAUAUAGAAAUAAUAUGUACAUAUAUAAUAUAUUUUUUAUAUAAAUAUGUUUAUAUAUGUUUGUCGACACCAUCAUAAUAUGAGGUAUAAUACUUUUUGUGUCAUGUUAAUGUUUUAUAUUUUAUUUUUGAAUGUCUGUAUUAUAUAUAUAUAUAUAUUUUUGCUUUACUUUUUAGUAUUUUUACCUUUUAGUCUUAAACGUUAUUCGAUUCAGAAUAAAACAACUACUGAAAGUCUGUAUGGAUAAUUGGAAGAUUAUUCUACAUCUUAAUCGUGAUAAACUAACUUCUGUGCACAUAAGAAGGGGUAUAUACCAGGGUGACUCAAUAUCUCCGCUCUGGUUCUGCCUAGCUAUUAACCCUUUAUCUAAAUUACUCCAUGGCACUAAAAACGGUUUUAGGGUUGACACUAAAUGUACAAAGUCUGUGUCUCAACUGUUAUACAUGGAUGAUUUAAAGCUAUAUGCAGAGAACGAGCAAAAGCUACACAUCCUAAUUAAAACGUUAAAACGCUUUAGUGAGGAUAUGUCUUUUGACUAAAACAAGUGUGGUAUUAUAAGCAUAAAAAAGGGCAAGGCAGCCAACACCAACAUUGCAUUUGAAGGCAUCGAAGAACUGAACUCUGCCUCACUUUGUAAAGAUCUUGGAAUAAACCAGAAUGUCACGAUAAACCAUACAAAAUUAAAACAUGACUUUCUUGGCAAAUACAAGCCUAGAGUAAAUACAAUUCUCAACACAAAACUGUCUGGCAGUAACCUCAACACGGCAAUUAAUAGCUAGGCCGCCCCAGUGCUCCUCUACACGUUCGUUAUCAUCAAAUGGACAGAUACCGACCUACAUGACAUUGACAGACUCACGAGGAAAUUAUUAACCAAAUUCCGAUGUUUACACCCCAAGUCCUCCACCAUAAGGCUAUAUCUGCCCCGGAAGGAUGGAGACCGUGGAUUGCAGAACAUCUUCAAAUUGUGUAAGACGCAAGUUUCCAAAAUACGAUCAAAACUGCACGCCUCCAGCAAUGAACUAGUUUCCUUCCUACAAAAAUACGACUAUGAUGCAACCCCUCUGAACCUAAACAAUGUUGAUGUUAAUGUCGGUUUGGACGACGUCGGGCAUGAGAUUCGCCAAUGGGAAGAAAAAACAAUCCACGGAAAAUUCCCGGCUUUAUUACAUGGGGACAACAUUGACAAGGCUGCUUCCUUAGCAAGGCUAAAAGCAGGUCAUCUCUACCCUGAAAGUGAAGGCUUUGUCACAGCAAUACAGGACAGAAGUAAUUAGGACAAAUAAUUACGAGAAACAUAUCCUAAAACUUAAUAGUGUUGACAAAUGCCUAAAAUGUGGAAAUGUGGGUGAGUCAAUUGAACACAUAACCGCAGGAUGUUCAGCCCUAUCGGAAUCUGCCUACAUAGGUCGCCAUAACAAGUUGCAAAGCUAAUACACCAGCACUUCUCUUUGACACACAAUUUGAUCGGUAAGGAUACUCCUCCAUAAUACAAAUAAUCACCACUAGAGGUUCUCGAGUCUACGGAUCAUCUACUGUACUGGGAUAGGCCUAUUUUGACUGACAAAACGGUAGAUUUUAAUCGCCCUGAUUUGCUGCUCAUCGAUAAAAAAGAAAAGGUCGCUGCCAUUAUUAACAUCGCCGUACCACUAUCUAAAAAAAAAAAACUGAGCUGGAAAAACGAAGAAAAUAUGGGAACCUUGGCUUGAAGAUUAAGCGUUUAUGAAAAUUAUCUAAAAUAACAAUAUACCCCAUUGUCAUAUCAACCGAGGUAAAAAUAACAACUGACUUCACAGAUACCUUCAAGGCCCUUGGCAUUACUAGGAACAUUAUCAUUGCAUGUCAGAUGGCGGUACUACUACAGACCAGCCACAUCACCAGAAAAUUCCUCGGCAGAAACUAAUAAAGGAACGACGAUGAAUUUGUUUUUCCUUGAACGAAACUAAACCCUGGCAGCGCCAGAGAAUGAAUACUCGUUUCUAAAUAAUAAUAAUAGUAAUAAUAAUCAAAAUAAAAAUAUUAAUAAUAAUAAUAUUAAUAAUAUGGGAACAUAGGCUUGGAGAUAAGCGUUUGUGGAAGUUAUACUAUAUAACAAUAUACCACAUUAUUCUCUAGAUAUCUUUCAUUUAUAAUUGUCUGAUACUAUAUACAUGGUUUAUCUUCCAUUAUCUUAGUGCGUUUUUUCUAUGUAUUAUAUAUAAAAACAAAGAAAAAAAAAGAUGUAUUGAUUAAUUAAUUGAUAAAUUUUAAUUGGAUUCGUGUGUUGUCUUCAAUAAUAAUAAUAAUAAUAAUAAUAAUAAUAAUCUUUAUUAUCCGUAAGGAAAUUUGUCUUACAAUUUGUGCAUUACACCAAACAAAAAACAUUAUAACUAUAAGAAACCAAAGUGUACAUUCACACCAGACGCACUCAUAAUUUACAUGUGACAAAGUUUAUACCAGAUUGUUCUUAUUUAAUGAUUUGAUUGCCAGGGGAACAAAAGAGUGUUUGUGUCUGUUUGUCUUUGCUAUCGGUGUCUUGUAUCUCUUUUGUGAUGGUAAAAUCACAAAAUCCUGACACAAAGGGUGAUUCUUUAUUUCGAGGAUCUUGUUAGCUUUUUUAUAGAUGUUUUUCUCAAACAACUGACCAAAUGGGGUUUGUUUUUUGCCAAUGAUUUUGCCAGCAGCAUUUAGGAUUCUAAUGAGCUUGUAUGCAAAAUUUGAUGACAUUUGGAUGAGUAGAAGUGGUCACAAGUCAACGCCAACAACAUAAAAAAAAAGCUAAUAUAAGCAUUGUGAUAAGAUUUAUAAGUAUUGAAAUUCAGUGCUAGAUCGUCUCUCUAGAGCUAAUAUGCCACAGAGCUAAUAUGCAUGUUUUGUAACUCGGUUCGCGGAUAUCUGUAUAUCUAUUUAUAAAAAUGAUAGAUUGGUCAAAUCUGUAUUUUAAUGCGAUCACCAUAGGUUUUAGAGCUCUCAAAGGGGUAAAAAAAAAAAGUGAAACUUCGACUUUGAUGCCUUCGUGCAAUUGCUGCAUCAUUUGACUCAGCAUUACGCCAACCAAAAAAAAAAAAAGCAAAUAGAGUAGGAGCAAGUACACAGCCCUGCUUCACGCCAUUUUCUAUUGGGUAGUGGCCACCGUUUUGUCUAAUCUGGCUCAGUAGUCCUUUAUGAAACUGCAUGAGAAUGAAUAGGAACGUAGGUGGGCACCCAAGCCUGGCCAAAAUCGUACAUAAGACUGACCGUUACGAAAGCUGCUCUUCACACCAAUUAUAUAAUCGUUAUAUCCCAUACGUUGACCUUGCUCGCACUAUAACAAUCAAUUCAUUAAAUACGUAUUUGUUACAUUUAUAACAUAUUUUUUUUUAUAUUUACUUUCUCUUAUAUUGUAAGAUUGUAUAUAAUAAUUUAUGUGAUAUGUUUGUUUUCAUAAAGUUUUAUUUUCGCUUAAAAAAUAAAGUUGUUACAAAAUG